AUGGGCGCUUUAAGUGCUAGUUUUCGGAACUUAAAAUGGUAUCUAAAAGACCGUAUUACAAUAACACCAGUAACUGCUCUCAAUGCUGUGAUCGCCGCACAAUUGGCACCGAACAACGAGUUUAGCAUUGUUCAAAAUCGCAUUUCUGAAGGGGACCAUCUUUUGUUUUUCAACUGUCCGGAAAAUACAGCUUUAAGCACCGAUGGGUACUUUGAAUACCAGACUCCAAGGUCUCUUCUGAAGGAGCCAACAUUAGACUUCAAGAGAAGAAUGUGGGCUCUUGGAAGUAUGGAGUUUAAAUCGCCAUUGCAAGAGAAUAGGGAAUACAUCUGCGAGGAAACUGUCCGUUUCAUGAAGAAGCUCAAAAAAGAUGUCUACGUCGGAGUUCACAGAGCAGUGUUGGACGCCGAGAGUGGUGAAACCGCAGUCAACGAGCUGCGAACUCUAGUGUACACACAAACCGACGCAUCUAGUCUACUGCAAAGCUCUGCUACAAAUACCGGUCGUGAUCAAUCCAUUCCACUUACGUUCAAUAGUACCGAUAUUUUCCGCUACAGUGCAUUGACGUAUAACGCCCAUAAAGUGCACUGGGAUCGCAACUACUGUCAAAAUGUGGAGGGCUACAGGGACGUUAUUGUACAAGGCCCCUACAUGGUUCAUAUCAUACUCAAAUACGUUCGAUUCGGUCUUGGCCUAGGAGUGAAAGACGUGAAAUACAAGAACGUGCAUGUUCUGUACCCCGGAACAGCAGUCAGCCUCUGCGUUUUCCAUGUUUCACCCACGCAGAAGGAUAUUGAGCUGAAAGAUGUUACAAAUGGACAAGUCUAUUGCAAAGCUAGUGUGGGCGUGAAUUGA